GUGACUGAACAGUGACUGCAAUGAACAUCUGUUGGUUUAUGUCUAUCCUGCUAUUGCUGCAUUCCUGCACUCCAGGGGACGGCAUGGAUCAUGGUAUCGUCGGCGGUCAUGUGUCCGUUCCACACAGCCGACCGUACAUGGUCUACAUCCAAGACUCAAUUAAAACUCACUUAAAUUGUGACGGUGUUUUGGUGAGAGAAGAUUUUGUGAUGACAGCCGCCCACUGCCAUGAAAGCUUUACACAUCCCAAGGUGUACUUGGGCGUCAACGACACACAGUUUUUACCCCAUGGUAUGGAGGCGGAUUCCUUUCCACAUCCAAAUUUCGAGAACAGGCCUGGAAAUGACAUCAUGCUUAUGAAGCUUAAAACUCCAGCAACUUUGAACAAGACUGUGAGUAUCAUUGCCCUGCCAAAUCCUUGGAAUGAGGACAUCUCAAAGGACUGUUUGGUUAUGGGAUGGGGCUCGACGAAAUAUGAUUAUUAUUCUCCAUCGACAGUCCUGAGAGAAUUAAACGUGACUCUGAAAGACCUCACAAAUUGUUUUGAACCUGACGUUAUAUGCAAUGAAGACCCAUUCGGCCCAUCAAAGGGAGACUCUGGAGGUCCUCUUAUCUGUGGAGGUAUCGCACAGGGUAUUGUGUCCUUUAACACGAAGCAGUCUAAAGGCUAUGUUACAGGAUAUACACGUGUUUCUCAGCACCUCCUAUGGAUUAAUAAAGUCAUGAAGCAACACAAACCAUGAAAGCCAAAGUCAGAUAAACACAAUAUGUUUAACAUUAGAGCCAUUUAAAAAGGAAGCUCUUCAUCUGCAAUUCAAUGUACUAGAUUAAAAUAAAGGUUCA